UGCCGAGGGAGGGAGCGAGCGAGAGAGAGAAAGAGAGAGAGAAAGAGAGAGGGAGAGGGAGAGAUCGGGCAAACUUUGCGUGAUUGUGGUUGAGACGCUUUCACCUUGGCAAUACCACCGAACAUACCUUCGCUUAAAUUCCCAGCAUCCGCUGGUGACGGACAGCGGCGGAGGAAUCCCCCCUCAGGAGAGACAGGGGCUGCAUCCCCUGAAGCCGUUCAUGCCGGAUAAAGUUUAUGGGCAGCGUGGUAGAGGAGAGAGGAUACAGACCCGGCUGCGAACCUUUCGGUAAACUUAUUGGGAAGUCGCUCUUGUCGCAACCAACUGAAAUGGGCACCUUGCGCGACCUCCAGUACGCGCUUCAGGAGAAGAUUGAGGAGCUGCGUCAAAGGGACGCGCUCAUCGACGAGCUGGAACUGGAGCUCGACCAGAAAGACGAGCUCAUACAGAAACUACAGAACGAGCUGGACAAAUACCGCUCCGUUAUCAAACCGGCAACCCAGCAGGUCCACAAGCAGAGUGAGCUGCACGAGCAGCAGCGGACAAAGAGGCAGGCGAUUUCGGCCGAACCCACCGCCUUCGACAUCCAGGAUCUUAGCCAUGUCACCCUACCUUUCUACCCCAAAAGCCCACAGUCAAAGGAUCUGAUCAAGGAGGCCAUCUUGGACAAUGACUUCAUGAAGAACCUGGAACUGUCGCAGAUCCAGGAGAUCGUGGACUGCAUGUACCCUGUGGAAUAUGGAAAAGACAGCUGUAUUAUUAAAGAAGGCGAUGUGGGCUCACUGGUGUACGUCAUGGAAGAUGGAAAGGUGGAGGUGACGAAGGAGAGCCUGAAGCUCUGCACCAUGGGGCCGGGAAAGGUGUUUGGAGAGCUGGCUAUUCUCUACAACUGCACCAGGACAGCCACUGUCAAGACUCUAACAAAUGUGAAGCUGUGGGCCAUUGACCGGCAAUGUUUUCAGACGAUCAUGAUGAGGACGGGUCUCAUCAAGCACACAGAGUAUAUGGAGUUUCUGAAAAGCGUUCCCACAUUUCACGACCUGCAGGAAGAUAUCCUGAGCAAGCUUGCCGAUGUCCUUGAGGAGACACAUUAUGAAGAUGGAGAGUACAUCAUUAGACAGGGGGCCAGAGGAGACACCUUCUUCAUCAUCAGUAAAGGAAAGGUUAAUGUGACCAGGGAAGACGUGCCCAAUGGAGAACCUGUCUACCUGCGCAGCCUCGGAAAAGGAGACUGGUUUGGAGAGAAAGCACUGCAAGGGGAGGACAUCAGGACGGCCAACGUCAUUUCGGCAGAAGCAGUCACGUGUCUAGUCAUCGACAGAGAUUCAUUCAAGCAUCUGAUUGGAGGUUUGGAGGAUGUGUCCAGUAAAGGCCAUGAGGAUGCAGAUGCCAAAGCCAAGUAUGAAGCAGAGAAUGCGUUCUUCUUCAAUCUCAACCUGGCUGACUUCAACAUCAUUGACACGCUGGGGGUUGGUGGCUUUGGUCGCGUCGAGCUGGUUCAGCUCAAGAGUGACGAGAACAAAACCUUUGCCAUGAAGAUCCUGAAGAAGCGGCACAUUGUCGACACAAGACAGCAGGAGCACAUUCGCUCAGAGAAACUCAUCAUGCAGGAGGCCCACUCUGACUUCAUUGUUAGACUCUACAGAACAUUCAAGGACAGCAAGUACCUCUACAUGCUGAUGGAAGCUUGUUUAGGUGGAGAGCUGUGGACCAUUCUUAGAGACCGGGGUUCAUUUGAAGACUCAACCACCAGGUUUUACACAGCUUGCGUGGUUGAGGCAUUUGCCUACCUGCAUUCCAAAGGAAUCAUCUACAGAGACCUCAAACCAGAGAACCUUAUAUUGGACCACAGGGGCUAUGCCAAACUGGUUGACUUUGGCUUUGCCAAAAAGAUCGGGUUUGGGAAGAAGACGUGGACCUUCUGUGGGACGCCGGAGUAUGUAGCACCAGAGAUCAUUCUGAACAAGGGCCAUGACAUCUCAGCUGACUACUGGUCUCUAGGAAUCCUCAUGUUUGAGCUCUUAACUGGCAGCCCUCCAUUCUCUGGACCUGAUCCUAUGAAAACCUACAACAUCAUCCUGAGAGGCAUCGACAUGAUUGAAUUUCCAAAGAAAAUCACCAAAAAUGCUGCCAACCUAAUCAAAAAGCUAUGCAGGGAUAAUCCUUCUGAACGACUGGGAAACUUGAAAAACGGUGUCAAAGAUAUCCAAAAGCACAAAUGGUUUGAGGGCUUUAACUGGGAGGGCUUGAAGAAGGGGACACUGACGCCUCCUAUUAUUCCCAAUGUCACAUCAGCAGUUGACACAAGUAACUUCGACAGCUUCCCAGAGGACAAUGAGGACCCGCCUCCCGAUGAUAACUCCGGCUGGGACGUUGAUUUUUGAAGUCCGCUCCCCUUAAAAACCAAAAGGAACUCUUCUUUUGUUGGCUUGGAGGCCUUCAUGAGGACACAGCUGUGUUGUAAAAAAAAACUGCUUUUAAGAGUGCAUAUGGAAAAGAAGAUAAACAGAUGGAUGGCAAACCCUCUGGGUCACCGAUAUGCCUUUAUUUCACUGUGGCUCUGGAUCAAGCAUUUAUAAUGGGACUGCUGUAGCACUUCUUCAGUGUUGUCUUAAACUCGGCUCUAAAGGAAAAGGCAAAGAAAGUGCAGGGAUACACACAUAUACACACAAAAUACAACAGAGGCUGAUAAUGGAGCCAGGUUUUCCCAUGUAACAGGGAAAGAUGUUUAGUGGGUGGAUGAAUGUUUGACAGUCUGUCUACGUUUUGGUUCUAGGAUAAAUAAGAGUGUGAAAAUGUGAUGAUGGACUGCUCAAAAAGAGGGCAGGCUGAUGAUUGAUUUUUUUUUCUGUUUGUUUCUUCGCAAUAUUUGGUGAAAUAUUUGGUGGAGGGUAAAAGAUGUUACUGCAGAUGCUCCCUGGGUUUUGACACGCAGCCACUUGCUGCAAUCUCCGAUACUUUCCAGAGAUCUACACACUACAGUUUGUAGUAAAACUGGUAUCAAGUGCUCAAGACUAACCUGAAUGUCACUGAUUUUCUUCUUUAACAUUCACAGGGCAUACAGCAUGCACGGUACAUAGUAUAUGAAUUUACAAGAUACAUUCUCACACAUGAACACAACCAGGCUAAAAUCAAAUACUUAAUACACUUUAUGUAAGAUUAACCUACCUUGAAAAGCACAAACACUGUGCAUUCAGUGGAAAGAGACGUGACUCUUUAAGUGCCCUGCUUAAAAUUUAAUGAAUCACACACCGACACACAUGAAAUGUCAGCUAGUAUUUCCAUGAAGCAAUGUGUCAUUAUGCACUUAAGACCAUUAACUGAGAAAAUCAGCAGUUAUAGCUAAUUUUAAGCUUCGGUAGAUGAAGUCACACUCGUUUUUUUGUUCUUUAAAAUGCUUUUAAUCACGCAUAUGAAUGCUUCUCGACCUACGUACUUCUUCAUUUUGUUUUUAAAUCACCCAAAUGCCUCGUCCUCUGUUUGCUCCUGUAUAGUUCUGACAUAACUGUGAACAUGGUUUCAAUGUCUUUGGUGCUGUUAUUGAUAAAUUAUAAUAAGCGGUGGUGAGAUGACAGUACCGGUUAUUGUUUUUGUAUAGUGAUUUUUUUGUGCUUGAUUACUUUGUAAAGUACUUGACUUCCUUCUUUAGAAAAUUGGAGACUUGUGUCAACUUGUAAACUUGAGUGACGAUUUGUUUGAUAUCACUUGACACCCCGUUACAUUGUGCUAAGUGAUAUUCUCAAGGUUUUUAAACAGGUUUAAACAAUGUUAAGUUCAUCCAUAUGAAUUAACCAUCCACUUCUUUGGAGGCAAGAUUUACCACAUUCACAUCAUCUUAAGACUACCUUGACUUAAUAUCAUCUUAUGGAAUAUUAUUAUUAAAUUAUAUUUUAAUAUGUCUCCUGGAGACGGACGAAAGAAAAAAAAGGGGAUUACAUUUUAUGAAACUCACAACUUAGCACCAUGGUCUGUUACCCAGCUCCUCACUUCUCAUUUCCAAAAGUCAGAGCAUAAAAUCAGAAGAAAUGUAAGUGCCUUAAAUCAAUGGCAUACAAAAUUAACAUCACAAGUCCUUUUUGAUGCUGCAUGAACACAUAUACACCUCAAAAACGUAUGUGUCCUCUUAGAUGGCUGCUUCUCAUCUUUUCUUAUAUCUAAUAAAUACAUUAAUCACCGUGGAAAGAAAGUGUCUAGUCAUUUGAUGGCUGACAAAACUGUAUAUGAAUACAUUUCCUGCUUACCCCUUUGAUUUAUCUCACAAGAACAUUUACUGACAGUAAAACUAUACGAAUCUCCCACAUCUCAUAUGUCUGCAAUGACAUGCUUUUCUCUAAAUAUCUAAUAUGGGCUCAUUAAGUCAACCACAACUGGCCUGAUAUAACGUGAACAAUAAAUCAUAGCUCAGAGGGACCAUCCAUCACCUGAAACCUGAGCAUUUAGAGAUGGCAAGAAUGAUUUGCAGUUUUUGAACAUUUCACAAAUACGGAAACAAUAUUCUUGUUUGCAACUGUUGACAAUCUUUGAUGGUCUGAUAGCAUUGAUCAUAAUGCAUCAUCAUCCAAAUUUUCAUUUUAUUGUUUGGUUUGAAUAAAGCUGAACAGCUCAACUCAUAUUUCAUCCCAGGAAGCCAAACAGACUGACACACUGACAUUUAUAUCAUAUAAAUCAUUGAAUAAUGUUGCUGGAGGGAUACAAAUAAGAAGAAAUCUUACUUCUGUAGGCAUACCAUAAGUAUUUUACUGUAUUAAGGGCAGGUUAUGUUUAUCACAAAGCCUUAUGUAUGCCAUCACUUUACAAACCACUGGUUUUGAGUCUUAUAUUGACCGCCUUCUGCAAUGUUACCUGAUAUUUGCCUUGUGUUAUGCUGUUUAUUCUGCUGUAAAUUGAUUUUGCAGAGUGCCACGUGUAAGAUUUUUAAAAUUAUAGAGU